UGAAAUCAAUCAGUCUCCUCGUGAUUGAUAAUAGCUCUGUCGUUUUUCUAUGAAUAUUUUGGACUUUAACUUCUCUAAUUUGGUUAUUUCUUCUAAAAAGUUGUAUGAUUUUCGCUUCCUAAAUGGGACUUAACAAGACACUAACAAAACUCAGCCGGCACUUGGCCGUAAACCGAAGCGUGGUUGCUGGGUCAUGGCAGCUGAAAAGGUUUUCCUCAGAUUCGAAAGGUAAACGGCCUCCGAUAGUUUGCAAUUUCAAUCAACCUCCACUCAGCGAAAGCUUACCAGAUUUACCAAAAGCUGUAUAUUCCAAAGCAAAAUUAGAAGAAAAUCUCACCUUCGUUACUAAAUUACAUAAUGGUAUUCGUGUCGCUACAGAAGACCAUUUUGGACAGUUUUGUACCGUAGGAGUGAUGAUUGAUUGCGGUUCGAGAUACGAAGUAGCAUAUCCUAGCGGUGUUUCGCAUUUUUUAGAAAAACUAGCAUUUAAUUCUACGGUAAAUUACGAAAGUAAAGAUGCCAUUUUGAAAGAACUGGAAAAAUACGGCGGUAUUUGUGAUUGUCGUUCAUCGAGAGAUGCAUUUAUGUACGCAGCAUCAGCUCUGCGAGAAGGUUUAGAUCCAGUCAUGAAAGUAAUAGCUGAUGCAGUUCUACGACCUAAGAUAACUCAUGAAGAGCUGACAGAAGCACAAGAAACUGUUCGAUAUGAAUUAGAAAGUCUGCACAGCAAACCGGAUCAAGAUUUAAUUUUAAUGGAUUUGAUACACGCGGCCGCUUACCGUGAUAAUACUUUAGGAUUACCGAAACUCUGCCCGGAGAAAAAUUUAUUAAUAAUUGAUAGAGAAACUAUAUUCACCUUUUUGAAAAAUUAUUACGAUCCUUCAAGAAUAGUUGUUACUGGAGUCGGUGUUAAUCACGAUGAUCUCGUUAAUGCAGUUAAAAAGUAUUUUAUCGAUGCGAGACCAGUUUGGGAAACUGAUUCAUCAAUCAAAGUGAAUGCAGAUAGACGAUAUGCUCCAGACAGAUCCGUAGCUCAAUAUACUGGCGGUUUAAUACAACAAAAAUGCGAAAUACCUGCUUUCGUAGGUCCUUCUGGGUUACCAGAAUUGGCUCACGUUGUUAUUGGCUUAGAAGGAACAUCAUUCACCGAUGACGAUUUCAUUCCCUUAUGUGUUCUGAAUAUGAUGAUGGGAGGAGGUGGAUCUUUCAGUGCUGGAGGUCCAGGAAAGGGAAUGUUUACUAGAUUAUACUUGAAUGUGUUGAAUAAGCAUCAUUGGAUAUUUAGUGCAACUGCAUUUAAUCAUUCGUACAUCGAUACAGGAUUAUUCUGUAUUCAUGUCAGUGCCACUCCCGAACACGUUGGUAAAAUGACCGAAGUUAUCGUUAAAGAAAUGGUCAACAUGGCUGGUUCAGUUCACCCUGAAGAAUUAUGGAGAGCUAAAAAACAAUUACAGUCAUUAUUACUGAUGAAUUUGGAAGCUAAACCGGUAGUUUUCGAAGAUAUUGCCAGACAAGUUUUAGCCCAUGGUUUCCGCAAGAAGCCAGAAGCGUUCAUAAAUCUAAUUAGUCGAGUUGAAGAAGAAGAUAUCCAACGAGUAGCCCGAAGAAUCCUAUCAACUCCACCUGCAGUCGCAGCUCGUGGUGAUAUUUCGAAACUACCAUCGUAUGGUUCCAUUCAAGGAGGUCUUAUGGGUCUGCAAACUGCGCCGACAAAUAAACGUUUAUCGUUGUUUCAUUAAUUGAAAAACACCACGAAAGUAUUAUAUAGAGAGGGAUGUCGAUAAUGAUUCGAGUCUAAGGAACGAAUCUCUUCUCGUAGAUGAUUUGUUCGUUCGGAUAUCGAAGUUGAUGAAUACUUGGAAAAGUAUGUUUUUUUUUUUUUUGAGAAAUUUUGUUGACUUUUUUAUACUUUUAAAAUAGGGUUAUCUGCUUCUGUUCUGAAACCUUGUAGUUUAUGACUAACCUUCAGAGAGAGGUUAAUCGUUUGUGAGGAAGACGUUUCCUCUUUUCGAGAACGAAAAUGAUUAGAACGCGUUAUGUAAAUUAUUUUAUUGUUAUAAUAUAUUAUUUUAAAAAUUUU